AUGAUAAAUGAAUCUGGAUUAGCAUUAUUCUCUCGAUUAACAAAUUCUUCUACAAAAUCUAUUGAAAAUGAUAUACAACAACCAAAAAGUAAUUAUGAAUAUUUUUUAAAAAUAUUAUUUCCUGCUGGUUUUCAACGCCCAAAUUUAACAGAAUUGAUUGGCACUAAUAAUGAAGUAAAAACAGCAUUUUUACUACACUUUAUUGCCAGUUGUCUUAUUAAUUCAAUCGCAACUCCAUCAUUUGAUUCAAUUCGUUCUAAUAAUAAGCAUAAUCCAAUAAAAUCACCAACGUUAACGAGAACUAAUUCAGAUAAACGUCGAUCAAAAUCACCAACAUUAGAACUUUUCAAAUAUCAAAUAGAUACUUCUCUUUCAACAUUCAUCUAUUCUUCUUCUUAUAGUGAACGCUUUUCUAUUAUUUAUAUUGAUACUGAAAACAAUUUUUCUAUACAUUUACUCUCUCAUUUAAUACGUUUACAUUAUCGACAAACAUAUCUAGAUGAAACUGACUAUUUAAAAAUAUGUUUUAAAAAUUUUCAUUUCUAUAAAUGUCUCACAACAAGUGAAUUAAUACCAACAUUAUGUUUAUUAACAACUUCUAUAUUUAAACAUUAUCCUCCGUCAACAAAAUAUUUGCUUAUAAUUAAUUCGUGUACACAAUUAGCCAUAGCCGAUCGUUUUAUAAAUGUUAAUAGUAGAACAAAUAUUAUUUAUGAAAAAACAGAAACAUUUCGAGAAUUAGAUAAAUUGACAGUACAAUGGCAAACAAAAUUACUAAAAUUAAUUGAACAAUAUCAAUUAUCAUGUUUACUUGUUGAACAUACCGAACAUUUAUCAUCAUUGUAUAAAUUAUUUUGGAAAAAACAUGAUAAAAAAUUUUGUUCAAAAAAAGAUGAUCCAUUAAAUCGUUUUACAUUUUAUAAUUAUCAAAAGAAUUAUUUUCAACCAUCAUCAACAACAACAAUUAUUCAUAAUACAAAAUUAGAAUUAAAAAAAAUUUUAAUAGAAAAACCUGACAAUAUUGAGAGAUACAGUUUAUUAGAUGAUAAUCAUAGAGAAAUAAAUCAAAUUUAUUUUAUGAAUGAUCAAAUCAUUUUCUCAUAA